ACAAUUCUAGAGGGGAAUAUAUUUCGAGGACUACUUGGACCCACGAACCAACUGUGCAACAUGUUUAUGGAUAGACUGUAGCCCUAAGAUAGCUCUGCAAUAUGCUGUAAGAAGAGUUUUACAUAAUUAAUCUGAACAGUAGUACUGAACUCGAUAUUGAAGAGAUGUAUGGUAGAUCCACGGACUUGGACUCAGUUUGCUGUUCGCCACGAAAGAGUUAAUCAUACAUCCUACUUGAAGAGUAUUGCGUGUCUGCGUUCUUGCUUAACGAGACUACGUUCUUGAUCGUCGAGACCAAAUUGUUGGUCUGUGGACGACAGUCUGUGAACGAAGGUGGGUAAACAUCCGAAGACCCACGAAGAUGACAGUGGAAGAGGGACACGUGGGACGUGUGUGAAAGAAUUAAAAUAUGUGAAGGAAACACGCUAAAGAAGAUCAAGGAGGCGUACAAGGAAAACUGAAGAGUUCCAGACAAGUAAUCAACCACGUGAUACGCGUUAACAUCCACUGGAUGUUCAAACACGUCUGUUCUGGGCACCAACUGAAUUCCAAUGAAAAUGUGUUCACGUUAGUAAGUUCCAGGCAGUUUGUUACCCGUACGCCUUUACUGUUAUCGUGCAUGUGUUGUAUCCUGACGAGUAUGUUGCUGGUCUAAAACUUCAAAACUUUGAACUGAUCACUAGACCUAUAUCACUAUAACUGAAAUGGCACCCUGUCAUUAUAUUAUCGACUGGGUUGAUUUCAAGGAAGAAAACCAUUCCUAAUAUACAGCAUACUUUCUGAAGACAUGUGAUAAAUUAUAUUCAAAGAUCAGUUUCCACGCAAACUCCUCAAUCAUCUAUACCAAUGCAUCCUAAACCCAAAAGCGCCCCAGCGAGGAUGAAAUCCAAAUUUACCAGCAACAAAUCGAACGCGACCAAAGAGAUGGAAGCGUGGGCCAAGAGAGACACGGACACCCUCGGUGCCAGUCACGAGGCGCUGCGCAUGGCGGGACAGCUGUCAGACAACGUCACCGAGGAGCGGAUGCUGAGGUCGAAGCUGUGGGAACUCUCCAAAGAGAGACACAAAUUCCUGUUGCAGAACGCGUACGAGAAGAAAAUGUUCAUGGACAAGAUAAUGAAGAAAGCCACCACGGUUCGGCACUACUCGGCCCAGACCGGAACCAUGCGGAGACACUCGUUUGAAACGCCCAACUACAGCGACUCUCGGAGCGACGUCGCCAGCAGCAUCAUCAGCGUCAAGUCGGCCCCGCAUACGAGGUUGCACACCAACGCUCGUUUUGCUCUGCUGGAGAGAAUGGACCCGAAAAACGGAAGGGACCGGCCGAAAGAAGUGAAGAACAUGACGUCUGCGGAGAAAACGCGAGUUGUGACAUUUAGACCCCAGUUGGUGACAGAAAUAGAGAGCAGAGCCGGAAAGGGCAAACCUGCAUGUUUUUCACGUCAUCAGACGUUCCUCCCAAAUGAAGUCACUGUCCAGCCGACGCAGGCCGCAUCCAGACUGGCAAGGUCAAUAAAGGCGGUGGCCACAAUGUCGGCAGUGUCUCAAGCGUUCAGCUCCGCACUGAAGGAAUGCGACGAAGAUGAUUCGUCCUCUAAUUCGUGGACAAAAAAGAAAAACGAAAAAGUUUUAGGCGCCAUUACCGGAAGUACGAUUCGUGAUCCAAGGUACUCUCAUCUGGAGCAUGCGCUCUGCCCCAUUAAGUCGAAUGCGGCGCCGAUGGACCUGAAAUCAGUUGUGGGGAAUUUAGAAUCUUUGCACUUGCCACCCAGAACACCGAAAGAAGCGAAACCGAAAAUAGAACUGAAAGCGAUGGAGUUUAUGAAGGAACGCGGAAUUGUCUUUUGAUAAAUACCUUUAAAAUAAAACGAAAGAAGAACGAUUCGUGAAGAAAAAAGGUGUUCAUUAUGUACAUCAAAUACUUUGGUUAACUAAUUUUACUUCUUUAUUUGGAUAUUUCUUCUCUUCUUGUUAAUGGAUUUUAGUUACCAUGACAUGCCUCCAUGACAAUACAAUAUUUUAUGUACAACAUAAUAUAACAAUACAUAUACAUGCUCAUGCUUUGGUAGUAAUUUACAUAGUUAUGUUGGCUAUUAAGUGUUGCCAUUUAUUAUAUUCUCAGAUAAGAAAACACGUCUUUAUAGCUGGUUAAAUAAAAUACGUUUCGGGAUAAAUUAAAUAAGAAUGUAUACAUAAGAAGGAAUGCUGCCGUAUGAUACUGCCUUUUAAAGGCCUUAAAACAUUGUACACUCUUCAUCAACAUCAUCAUCACCGGCGAUAUGGAACACAGAUCAAUGUGCUGGUGUACAAUUGUUCACUAGUACUAUUCUUUACAUUUGUAUGCGAGGAUAAAGUUAUAAACCACUACCAGUUAGACCAGUUGAUGUGUUUAGGGGUCAGUAUGCAGGGGUGGUAGUGGCACGAGCACAUUUGUUGGGUAUAUACGUAUGGUAGGACAAAAGGCAAAGGAUUUGGGCCUAUACCACACUCACCCUGCACAACCCCACCUGUUUCUACACACCUGGGUUAAGUAUGGGAACUACGGUACUCAGGACCGUAGCAAGGAUUUUUUGUUGGGGGGCAACCGAGUAGUUAAUAGUCUAAAAUUCCGUGAACAGUUAAGAAGAGAAUUUGCUUCAAGUUUCUAUAAUGCUUUCGGGAUUGCCCCCCUUACCCCCCCCCCCCCCCCCCCCCCCCAAGCUACGGCCCUGGUACUAUCAUCAAUCUCCUCUUUUUGUUUUGAAUAAAGUAAACAGCAAAUCGGAAAUAAACACAAACUCACUUUAUUUUUUAUUUAUUUGCAUUUUAUAUCAUAAUGGACCACAUAUUAUAAUAUGCUGAAUUAAAUUCGCUCUCGGGAACAAUUGGACUGGUUUUCAUACCUUACCCUAUUCCAGCACAUUUAUUCAACAAUAUACUUUUAAUUUCAACUUAUUUUCAUGCUUAUAUGUAAGGUUCAAACAUGCUGUCCUGGGCACACACCUCAGCUAUCUAGGCUGUCUGUCCAGGGCAGUGGGUUAGUUGUUAAUUGUUAGUGGUUAGUA